AUGUACGAUUCUCAACCAUUAUCAGUUGUUGAAAUGGCUAAUACAAAUACAAUUUUUCUUGAAACAACUCCAACAUCAACAUCUUCACGAGCAACGAGCGAACACUUUCCUAUACCAAAACAAGACAUUCGAACAGCUUCAAUGCAUCAAACAGAUUCAAGUUUAUAUCGUAAUCCGGCUGGUAAUAGUUUGCGUAGAUUUAGUUUUCGUCGUAAACCUACCCGAGAUUCAAUAUCUACGCAUAUAUCAACUUGGAAUUUCAGUGAUGAAAAUCAUGAAUGGCAAUUACUCCGAGAGGAUGGUGCUCAAAUCCAACUUGUUUAUAAUAAAUCUGAACAUAUUCCAUUAAAAGAUUUCGCAGCCGAAAUACGUGGUGGAAAAGAUAUCAAAGAAUUUAUUCUUAGCGCACUCGUACUUCUUGAUGUUCAAGACACAUCAAUAGGAGAUUUAUUAGAAAUAAUACUUCGACGAAUCAAACAAACAAAUCUACCACAUAAUGUCGGCGCAACAAUAUCCCCAUCGCUAUCAGUAUCAAGCGCAACAACAGCCAUGAUAAGCAAUACGGUUAGUAGUAUUGCCAGUGGACAUCGAGAAAAUCUGAACAUCGAAGAAAUUAAACAAGCGAUAUUUGUCAAUGAUAGAGUUCGAAUAUUAGCCAAAACGGUGCAAGCAACAACUGCAACUGAAACAAACUGGACGUACGAUCAAUCAUGGCUAGCAAUAAUGUGUACAUCGCCAUCGAUUCUCAAGCGGCAUGUCGCUAUUGCACGUUUAAAAAACCCAUGUAACUUGGGAAGAAACUGCCAAGAAGCACGCUUUAUUGUUUUUGUACUGUCGCCGAUGAGAGAGAAAGGUACGAAGAACUUUCUUGAAACUGGCCGAACGUUUGCAACAAUAUUCGCUGAUAUUGAAUUACGUGCUAAAUUAUUGAAAGCAGCAACACAACAAGAAUUUAUUUCGAUUAUUGAUAAACAUACAGAUCAUUUAAUGGAACAGCAAACAGCUGUAACAAGAACUUCUCUACCGGAUCCAUUCGAUGAUAUUAAUAAUGCAGCAGAAGCAUCAAAAGAUAAGAUAUAUUACUUUCCAAUGCCGUCUGAUAUUUGUAUGGAUUUAUCACGUCGUUUGCCUCAUUAUUUAUCUGAUUAUUAUGAUAUUUUUCAAACUCAUCGUGGCCCACAAAAAGUUUUAUCCACUGCUGUAUUUCUCUAUUUUGCUUGUCUGUUGCCAAGUAUUGCGUUCGGUGUACUUAAUUCUCAGGCGACAAACAAUCAGAUUAGCGUACCAAAAGCUGUAGCUUCACAAUGUCUUGGUGGAAUUUUCUUUUCAAUCUUUGCUGGUCAGCCAUUAAUUGUUGUUAUGACAACAGCGCCUUUAACACUCUAUGUAAAAGUCAUCUAUACAUUGUGUGGUUGGUAUGGGCUUGAUUUUCGUGAUACAUAUGCGUUAGUUGGUUUAUGGAAUUCAUUUUUUCUUAUCAUAUAUUCAAUAUUUGGUGUAUCGAAAAUAAUGAAAUGGUCAACAAGAUCAACAGAAGAAAUUUUUGCAUUAUUUGUUUCUAUUGCAUUUCUUGUUGAUGCUAGCAGACAUGUUUAUAAAAAUUUUACACUUACAUAUUCAACUACGUCAUGUGCACAAUAUGAUGAAUAUUGGGAAAAAUAUGACACGAAUAAAAGUUCGGCAAUAGCUUCAGCUAGUGAACUUUUACAUAGUCGAUGUUCGAGAGAUUCUAGUUUAUUGUAUCUUUUAUUAGCACUCGGAACUGUAUGGUUGGGCACAUUUCUAUAUAAAUUUAAACAAACACCAUAUUUAACAUCAGCUAAACGUGAAUUAUUAACCGACUAUGCAUUACCGGUAUCAGUUAUAAUCAUGUCGUUAAUUGGUAGCAUAUUUUUUAGUGAAAUACACCUUCCAUCGUUUACUGUGAAUGCUGAACAAUUGUUUGCUGUGGUUCGAUUUAAAUCAGUUAAUAUCAAACAGAUAAUUGGCACUGGAAUACUAGGAUUCUCGCUGUCUCUAUUAAUGUUUCUUGAUCAAAAUAUCGCAGGUGCAAUUGUAAAUUCGCCGGCGAAUAAACUGAAGAAAGGCAAAGCUUUUCAUGUUGAUCUAUUUGUUAUAGCGAUUCUCAAUGGUUUGCUUUCAUUAUUCGGAUUAACAUGGAUGCAUGGAGCCUUACCACUUUCUCCGUUGCAUGUUAAAGCACUUGCAGAUACAGAAGAACGUGUCGAACAAGGUCACAUUCAAUCGGUUAUUGUUAAAGUGCGUGAAACGCGUUUAACAGCAUUGAUAUCGCAUAUAUUCAUUGGCAUGACACUAUUAAUGCGGCAUGUAUUAAAAGGAAUUCCAAUGCCUGUUUUGGAUGGUUUAUUUCUUUAUUUGGCAUUAACAUCUCUGGAUGGGAAUCAAUUUUUUGAAAGAGUUACACUCUUUUUUACGGAACAGGCUGCUUAUCCACCCAAUCAUUACAUUCGGCAAGUUCCACAACGUAAAAUCCAUCUAUUUACAUUUUUGCAAUUAAUUCAACUUUCAAUCUUAUGCAUAUUGGGUUUUUCGCCAAUACUCUAUACUAAAUUAAUUUUACCAAUAUGGCUGGUUGCAAUGGUUGGUUUUCGAUAUCGAAUAUUACCAAAAAUAAUUGCAACAAAAUAUUUACGAGCAUUAGAUCAACGAUUAUAG